UUAUAAUGCAUCAUUUUGGACAUUGUUCACACUCUGUAGGCCCUAUAAAAUUUCAAGUUUACAAUUAUUAGAUUUAAGUCAUCUUUUAGCUGCAGUGGUGGUGAAUUUAGUUAUACUCUGCUUGUUCAUAUAUACCAGCCUGUGCUAUGGGAGUGAUGAAGAAUUUUGUGAUCGUGUCGUCCAUCUUGUUUGUUUGUUUUGCCUACUACCUGUACACACCUCUUCCUAAUGGAAUUGCUGAACCAUGGAAAGUUCGAGGUUUGGUGGCAACGUUUAGAGCAAUUACUUUUCUGGGUGGGCUGAGUGAAAGUGUUGGUUUCAUGGACAGUGUCAAUGUAACACGGACCAUUGGACACAGCCUUAUGGGAAUGGCAGAAACAUCAAAGAGUGACCCACUGCUGGAGGUAUCCGAUAUGAAGUUUGAUGGCGUUCCUGUGCGGGUCUACAAACCGAAAUCAAGAAAGUCUUCGUCACCCUGUCUCAUGUAUUUCCACGGAGGUGGCUGGACGUUCGGCAAUAUUGCUGCUAGUGACAAACUGUCGAGCUACAUAGCCAAGGCAGCCAACAUCAUUGUAGUGUCGGUGGAUUACCGCCUGGCACCUGAAAAUCCGUUUCCCAUCCCGUUUAAUGACUGUGUUACAGCGACCCUCCACCUGAUCCACAACGCAGCAAGGUACGGAGUCAACGAUCGGCAGGUGGCAGUCGCAGGCGACAGCUCUGGUGGUAACCUGGCGGCCGCCGUGUCUCUCAAGCUGUCCCGUGAGUACCAGCCCGACGAGAUCCGCCUCUGCUUCCAGUUCCUCAUCUACCCGGCUCUCCAGGCGUUCGAUCUGAUGAUGCCGUCUUACGAAGACAAGUACCCAGUCUUCCUCACCAAGAGGCUGAUGACGUGGUUCUGGGCGAACUACAUCGGCCUUUCUCCCAACAGAGUGGCCGAGUUGAUGCGAAACGAGCACACGUCGCCGACCCUGAAAAUUUCUAAAUAUGCCCGUUACGUGGAUCAGAAGCGGCUUCCGGAGAAAUACCACAUAAAGGUUACCCAUGAAAGAGAUCUCAAUUUUGGUAACUCCACCUUAUCGGACGAAAUACAGGAGGUAAUACUGGAUCCGUAUUUGGCUCCGUUGAUGGCGAGCGAUCUGUCGAAGGUUGCACGGCUGAUUAUAACCGCAGAAUACGAUGUGUUAAGAGAUGAAGCGUUGCUGUAUAUUGACAGGUUAACCAAAGCUGGUGUGGAUGUCGUAAAUGUGCACGCCAGCGAUGGUUUUCACGGUUAUAUGUCGAAUCCAGUCGGAUUCGAGAUUGCUCAGAAGUCAAUUGAACAGUUUAUUGAAUAUGCCAAGAACAAAUUUGAUACUUGUUUGUAAAUAAUCUGACAUGUGUAGACAAAUUAGUGUAGUGUGACAUCUUGAUUUUGAAAUAGUUAGAAAAUUAAUGACAGAUGGAAAUC